AAAUGUACAGGUACUGGAGCUGGAGGCCAGCCACAGAUUCCUGACAAUGUGGAGUUAUAUCAGCCAUAUGAAGGUGACCAAAUCACUCUUCCAGAGAGGGCCCAAUGCCUUGCAGUAAAAGCAUUUCUGAAGAUGUGUGAUAUCCCAUUCCGCAUCAAACUCCGAAGCAAUGCAGAGCAAAUGUCUCCUUCAGGUGCUGUUCCUUUCAUCAAGGCUGGGGCUGAUAUUGUAUCAGAGUUUGACCCUAUUGUGGAAUACAUUUCAAAAAAGGGACUGUCUCUUUCAGAGGAAUUGAGUGGAGGUCAAAAAUCCGAGAUGAAGGCAUACAUGGCACUUUCUAUCAACAGAUUGUAUCUCGCAGAGAUAUACUUGGCCUGGAAUGUUAAGAAAACUGCUGAUGAGAUAACCAAACAGAGGUAUGGGUCUCCAUUCCCAUGGCCUCUUUCUCUUAUUCUACCAUUCUUGAAACAGAGAGAAGCUAUCUCAUAUCUCAAGGCACAUAACAGCUGGCAUGACUUCUUACCGGAUCAGGUUUAUGAUGAAGUGAACCUCUGUUGCAAAGCUCUGUCAGACAAACUUGGCGAACAACAAUAUUUCUUCCUAGACAGACCAACCGAGCUGGAUGCAUUGGUGUAUGGACAUCUCAAAACCCUUCAGAUAAUGGAAGCAGAAGAUCAACGUCUAGCAGACAUGGUUAACAAGUAUCCCACCCUGGUGCGUUUCUGUGAUCGUAUUAGAGAAAGAUACUUCAUUGAAAGGGAGAGAAGCAGAUGAUACAAGCAAUGACCUUUGACCCCAUCAAGCUACAGUGGUGAUUCGAUUCAUCACUCUAUUAGAAGGACUUAUUAUAAAUCAAGAGUUUAUUGCAUGCUUAACAAUUAUAUGUUAUGUAUUGCACAUUUUUGGACAGAGAUCCUCCAAGUCAAUGUUUACUACAGAAUAUGAUUGGAAAUUCAUGAUUUGCAAAGUUUGGAGAGUGUGUUGCUGUGUAACUAAAUGUACUCGUACUUUCGGGUUUAAGAUUUCAGAAAUAUUUUGAAAAUUAAAUUCAAAUUAUUGUGAUUUUUGGAAAUUGUUUACAUCAUUUACCAAAGCAUGCCCAUUUCAUUUUGCUACACAAAGAUUUUGAUAUAUAUAAAAAAUGGAAUCGCAAAACCACUUGGAAUGUUGGACAUACAUGUAGUAUUGUAUUCCAUGCUCAUAUCAUAAUUUUUAAACUUGAAUACCUUUAAAUUAUUUUUAAUUGAACUAAAUGAAGCUUGUCACAAAAUGAUGUCAUUAUCCUCCAGACAGAAUCCAUAUAUAAUCACUUGGUUGAAUUCAUAAUCAUGAGUGAGGAUUGUCUCUGUAAAGGAUACCAUAAUAAGUUCAUUAAAGGAGAAUGAAACUUUUGGAGCAAGUUAGCUUUUGUGAAAGCAGAAAAAUCAAAGAAUAAGAUCAACAAAAGUUUGAGUAAAAUAGGACUAGCAAUAGAAGAGUUAUGAGCAUUUGAAUUUCGAGAUCACUAAUGCUAUGGAGAUCUUCCCAUUGGCAAUGCGACCAAGAUCUAUGAUGUCACAGAUGAACAACUCUCCCCUUUUGGACACUGAAAAUAUACCCCAAAAUAUCUCUUUUUGCUCAUUCUAAUCAUAUGACAAACGAUUCAUCAAUGAUAUAAUGUUGUGAAACCUCUGUACUUGUCCUCUCAUAAAAAGAACACCUCACCUUGUGAUAGACUCUAUAAAAGUGAGAAUAUAAGUGAAAUAAGUACUAAAGUAAUGAGGGAGUUGUACGUGUGUGACAUCACAGAUCUUGGUCGCAUUGCCAAUGUGAGGAUCUACAUGGCAUUAGUGAUCUCAAUAUUCAAAUGCUCAUAACUUUCUUAUUAUUCAUUCAAUCUUCCUCAAACUUUCAACAAUAUGUUUCUUUGAUUUUUCUCUUUGAUAUGGAUGCAGCUGGUUUCAAGGGUUUCAUUCUCCUUUAAUGUAUUUUACCCAUACACAUUGUUUCAGAAAAUAUAAAAUGAAUUUUAAUUAUUCAACCCAUGGUGGAGAUAUAAUAACUAAAGACCUGUUGGAGAGCUCAUGUUAAUCUUGUAGUUUUAUUGAGAUAGCAUGCAGAUAUAAAUUUAUAGUCUUAUAUUCAUGUGCAAAUAUUACAAAAUGUGCCACUUGAUGCAUCUUAUAAUUUUAUAACUAAGCAAGACCAGAUUCCCAUUUUGACAUUGCAUACAAGUGUAUAGGAUUUUUUUUUCAGUUUCUCCUUAUUUUGAAUUUGGCAAUUGAAAAAUUGUGCAAUACAUAGUUCCUUGUGAUUUUCACAUCGAGAUUACAGGUGACUCAGCCUUAGUCAAAUCUUUUAGGAUAACUGAAAUCCGUUCGACUUUAAAGGGCAAAUUUGAAAUAACACGUUCUGCAAAAUCUCAUCUGAAAAACCACUUUGACUUAUGCAGACUUCAGAAUCUCAAUGCUUCACACAGAAGAGGUCUGAUAAUUUCUCUAUAUUUUCUCAAUUGAAUUUAUGACUUAGCUUGAGUAAAUAAACUCUUUAAACUUUUGUCAUUAAGACUUCUGUCUCAUCUAGGCUUGCUUAGUUACAAGAAAUUAAUACACACAUAGGUGCAAGUCAUACAUUACAGGUCAUCAUUCUGUAAACCAGUUAUCACUACCUGGGUUUAGGCCAUAGUUUUAAGACUUGUGAAUUUGAACCACAUGAAUAAAUCAUGAAUGUGGAGAAUGCAAUAUGCAGAUUGCAUGUUUUUAUCAAA